UCCUCUACCAAUCCGAUCGGCGCAGAGCCGGGCUGAGCGGUGUGCGUGUGUCCUGCGAAGUGAGUGCGGGUCGAGGAGCUGAAGUGGGGGGACCGGGCUGCUUAGUGGCUGUGUGUCUGCGUCACACGAAAAUGCACUCGGAUGCUGUCAAUUUUCAGCUGAACUCUCAUCUAUCAACACUGGCAAAUAUUCACAAGAUAUAUCACACGCUCAAUAGGCUGAAUCUGACUGAAGACGUGGGCCAAGACGAUCACCAAACAGGGAGUCUGCGUUCGUGCAGCACUUCAGACUGCUUCACUAAGACUAUGCCACCAAGGAAAAAGAGGAGACCUGCAGCAGGAGAUGACCUGCUAGCUAAGAAAAGUAGACAUGACGGGAUGUAUAAAAAAUAUGAUUCCUCCAGAAUAAGAGCAGAGGAAGAAGCUUUCUCUAGCAAGAGAUGCCUAGAAUGGUUCUAUGAAUAUGCAGGAACUGAUGAUGUAGUUGGCCCAGAAGGAAUGGAAAAAUUUUGUGAAGAUAUUGGUGUGGAACCAGAAAAUGUUGUUAUGCUUGUUCUAGCCUGGAAAUUAGAUGCACAGAACAUGGGUUACUUUACAUUACAAGAAUGGUUAAAAGGAAUGACCUCCCUACAAUGUGACACCACAGAGAAACUUAGAAAUACUUUGGAUUACUUGAGAUCUUUAUUAAAUGAGCCAACAAAUUUUAAACUUAUUUAUAGAUAUGCUUUUGACUUUGCACGGGAAAAAGACCAGCGGAGUUUAGAUAUGAAUACAGCAAAAUGUAUGUUAGGACUCUUAUUAGGGAAAACCUGGCCGCUGUUUCCAGUAUUUCAUCAAUUCCUAGAGCAAUCAAAAUAUAAAGUUAUAAACAAGGACCAGUGGUGCAAUGUUCUAGAAUUCAGCCGCACAAUUAACCUUGACCUCAGCAAUUAUGACGAGGACGGCGCCUGGCCAGUAUUGUUGGAUGAAUUUGUUGAAUGGUAUAAAGAAAAACAGAUGGCAUAACACUUUAACUAUGCAUAGCAGCUGAAGAGUCAUUGUUAGCACACUAGCGUCAACCAUUAGCCAUAAAUUGCUGUUUGUAUGGAACCGCAUGUUGCUUCUUUGCACAGUGUAUCCCUCCCGCCGGGCCUCUAGGCACAUUCGCUGUUUGAUCGGCCGUGCUUUACGUGUAGCAUUGUUCUCUUUCCAGGCUGCUCUGCAUUUUGUAUUGACACUACAGAUUGGUGAAAUUGCCAAUGUCCUCACUGUGAUUCUGUGUAUAUUGCUGUUCAUUUUUUUUUGUACAUGCUUGUAUAUAGACGCUUCUCUUAGAGAACUUCUGCUGAAAUGUAUUGUAAAAAUGACCUGCCACUUCUAGUGACUUUUUUUCUUUUUGAGGAACAAAACUGAAAAUCUAAAUUUGUUGUUAGAAAUGUCUGUUGACAUUUGUUAGCAUCUCUCGCAGUGAAAUGACAAACCAUCUCUGCACAAGUAAAUGCAUUAUGACACUUUGUUAUUCUCGUAGUAGAAUGUGACACGGCUCCUGAAAAUCUUGUUUAUGUGUACAGUUUUCUUUAUAGUGUCUCUGUCACCUAAGUGAAUUGGAGUUGGCCAUUUUGUAUGCUGGACCAAUAUAGAAGCGAAUACAGCCCAUGGCACUACUAGUUCCUACCAAAAUAGUAAG